AUGGUGGCUCGCUGGGGCCAGUUACUGCAGCAGAGCGCCAUCUGGAAGGGGGUGUUCUGCGAGAGGCCGCCCAGCUUGGACGGGCAGACUGCUGAGGCCUGCUUUGAUGAAGCUGACAGGUGUGGGAAGCCUUUGGUCUGUGGAUUUUACAAGCGUUUUGACCCGGCUUUCCAGUUCUUGUACAGGCAGGUCCACGAGGAACACGCUCUGGGGCAGAUCCACAGGAUCGCCGCUGUCAGCAGCCUGUACCCGGCGGCUUCUCCAGCUUUCCUGAAGAGGGCAGGUGGGAUUUUCUACAACGCUGCUGUGCAUGACGUGGACGUCAUCAGCAUGUUGCUGGGGGAAUCUGUUCCAGAUGCCGUGUUUGCUUUGGGCCAUGCCUUCUGCUCAGAUAUGGCCUCCUUAAAAGAAGCCGAUACCGUUGUGAUCAGCAUGAAAUUUCCUGGUGGGGUUCUCGUUAGCUUGGACGUCAGCCAGCACUGUACGGACAGCUGCGAUCAGAGACUGGAGGUGCGUGGGUCUCAAGGCACGCUGCGCAUGGAGAAUCAGAACUCCUUGGGCAUCACUGGACAUGGCCCUUCCCUGUCGCUCUGCCCCCAGACCCAGGCCGGACGCUAUCAGGACGCAUAUCGAGAGCUCUUCAGACACUUUGUCAGAACGCUUAAAGGGACAGAACCUCCUCAAGUCACCAAAGAGCAGCUCCUCAGGGCCAUUCAGGUAGUUGCCACUGCAGAGCAGUCCUGGCGCAGCCGGUCAGCCGUGAACCUGCCGAGUGAGGUGGCAGAGGCCUCCGUGGUCAAGACAGAAGCCCCGUGAACUGCCCCAUGGCUCAAGCCAGUGUCCUGCCUGAGAUCUGAUCACCUGUUCCACCUCUACCUGUUACCAAGAGAGACAGAACCUUCCAGUGACGUUACUGCCACUGGAAACUAAGAAGGAAAGGCAUUCGGAAACCGUUUCAUUAUUGGAGUAACUGGAUUGUUUCAGGAUGGGACCUCAGACGCGGGGGACAGAAGUUGCUGUUGCUUUUCUGUUUUGUUUUGAGCUCAGGCCUGGUACGUGAGGGAUGCCUUCAUGGUUGCAGUGACCUUGGCAGAGUCCUCGGAGUCCUGCUGGUUGGGUUGCUUAGGAAGAAUGCGGGUCAGGAUUUGGACCGUGUAAAUGCAUCUGGAAGCCUGCAGUGUCAGCUUUUCCACGCGGGAGCCGAGUGAAGGCUGGUUCUCCAGUAGACUGAGCCUCACGUGUGUGAAGCAGGCUGCAGGUUUUUUGGCCUCUUUUUUGGCAAUUAUAGCAGUAUUAAAAAGCAAACAAUUUUCUUGAAGAAUCUGUGAUUUUGUGCACAGUUAUGUGCAGCACCAUUCCUAAGAAAUGUGAUGAAAUAUUUGUAUAUGAUAUUAAAAACCCACUUUAUGGGCCAACCCCGUGGCUCACUCGGGAGAGUGCGGCGCUGGGAGCACCGAGGCCGCGGGUUCGGAUCCUAUAUGGG